CGUCAAUUUUAUCUCUUUCCUCCCACCAUCCUCCAUCCGCAAUUCCCCAUGUGCAAAGGCCAAAGGUGUAAACAGAUAACUCUGUGUACUACGCUUCAUUAUUCAAUAUUCAUUAUUCAAUAUUCAAUAUUCAAUAUUCUGAUUUCUGAUCAUACUCAUUCUAUAAACCCACCAUUUCCCCCAAUUUCAUACUCAUUUUCUCUCUCCUCAAAUCAUCUUCAUCAAUGGCGCGUCAAUUAUCCAAAACCCUAACUUCAAAUCUCCUCCCAAUUUCUCUCUCAUCUCGAGUUUUCUCCUCCAAAGCACGCCUAAUUGAAGUCGACCUAGAUUCUUCUUCUUCCGAAUCAGGCGAAAUUGAAGUAUUAGGGUUAAAAAAACUUGAAGAUGCUAUCCAUAGUAUCUUUGUGCGUAGACUUGCACCUGAUUGGCUCCCUUUCCGACCAGGUUCCUCGUACUGGGUCCCACCUAAACGACCUACUGACAACAUUGUUGAACUUGUUGAGAAACUUACUAAUCCUUUGACGGAAGAAGAGUCUCUUUCUCUCUCCUCUGCUCGUGGUUGGCCUUCUUCAUCUUUCUUCCUUGGAGGGUCAAUCUCAGAUCAUGUCAUCCCUGUUGAGGUAGAGGUGCAGGUGCAUGUCCAAAGCAACUCAGGGAAACCAUCAUUAGCUGAGGAUGAGGAAUAAUUAUCUGUAUCUAUUGCCAGUUAACUCCGCCUCUUGUGGGCAUCUAAUGGCUUGCUUGUGCAGGGCUGAUCAUGAAAUCAUGAAAAAUUAGAGAGCGUUUAUCCUUGGAAGGCAAUCGAGUGUACUGGCACACUGGCAUUUGUACAUAAUGUAACCUAUAGUUUCCGCAGCACAACAGUUUCUGUCCACUAUCUCUGUUGUCUAUACAUAAUGAUAAAAGUUAGGAUAGUUGUGGAAACUCAUCUUGGAUCUGUUGCACAACGAUCAACUCUUGUUUCUAUUCUGAUCUAAUAAUGCAGUUGGAGUAUUUCUAAA